AUGGAAGAAACAGAGCUUUACUUUGCUUUUGGGUCAAAUCUGAGCGCAAGAAAAAUGCGGGAACGCGGCACUAGGUUCAUCUCUCGCGAAAGCGCAGUGCUUCAAGGAUUUCGCGUCGUAUUCAGCAUAUGGAAAGACGAUGGCUUUGGUUAUGCUAAUAUUAUCCCAGAUAAGGAUUCAACCGUUUAUGGUGCCUUGUACAUCUGUUUAAAAGGAAGUUUAGCCAAGUUAGAUGAACACGAAGUAGGGAGGCUUCGGAGAGUGAACGUACAGGUGGAACGAAAAAGCGGCGAAAUCGUGGAUGCGACAGCGUAUCAAGCUUAUGAAGAGUAUGUUAAAGAGGAGCUAAAACCGAGCCAAAUUUAUCUCAAUGAAAUACUUGAAGGAGAGGAUCUUAUUCCUAAAGAAUAUGCUGACUACUUUAGAAACUUCUUGUGUGACAAAACUGAGAAGUAAAGACCGACGAAAUCUUUUUAAUUCAGUCAACAAUUAUAGAAAAGUCAAGAGAACAUCAAGCUUUGAAGUUUAUCCGUGUAAUGAAUUGACCUAUUAUUGUGUUUAAAUUCCAAGAUUUUAUUCCGGUUUAUCAGUGUUUUGAGAGCUGGGCUGCUGGGGGUUAGUUGGUCAGUUAGGGACGGACCAUUAGAAAAGUAAUGGGGGGUGUUGUGGGGGUUUUUUGCCUGGCAAGAAUUUUUUUCUGGCUGAUUGCCUGUGCAAGAGUGCAACCCUCUGUAGGAAUUUUUGGGCAUUAAAUUAAUUGAAAAUAACGCUACUUUGUUUUAUUACAGAGGUUGUAUUUUAAACGUGACUUUUACCAGGAUGCCUAUAUAUCGAGCCACGACUCGAGCCAGGACUCCAGUUAGAACGUUUCUAAUUUUUCUGUAAGCAAAAAGAAAAUAACUAAAAAUAAUAAAUAAACAAAUAAAACCUACCCUAACCCUAACACUAACCUUACCUCCAUGAUUGCCACGAAAACGCUCCUUUUAAUGGUCAUGUGACUUGCAGGAGGUGAAAAUGGCGGGAAAGCGAAAAACUGUCGAGUCCUGGGUCGAGUCCUGGCUUUGAUGUUAGUUUACCCGUGCAAAAACGUGUGCUGUAAGUGCAAUUUUUUCUGUUUGCUUAUUAGAUCUAUUGAUUUUGUUGCCGUUCUGCCAUAAGGAGUGAUCCUAAAUACCGGUACAGAAAAAAUUCUUUCCUUCGGAUUCAAAAAUACCAAGCAACAGUCUUUUAAACUUGUCACGUGUUCAAAUUUCAGAAUCGCAAUAUUAAAUUGGAUUGGAUCUUUAGAUCUGAAGUAAAACCUUGGGUCCGGCGUAAUGACUUUGGAUCCCCAGCAAGAACUUUGGAUCUCAGGAAUAAAAACGUUAGAUCCAAUUGAAAAAAAACUGUGGAGUCGGGGAAAAUAGCUAUGCCGGAUAAUGAAAUCCAUGUUAGUUGGAUAAAAACUUUGGAUCCAAAAUAUAAAGUUUACUUUGCUUAAAAUGUUAUUUCAGAAUAAUUCAAACCCAUGCUGAAGUAACUCCUGAUUAGCUCGACUCUCUCCGCUAUUUAAUGAUGCAAAUCACCACCGAUAGAAGGCGGUAGGAUGGCGCUUGAUAAAUGAAUUAACGCAAAUAGCACAGAGAUUUCUAGCAGAGCGAAGUACGUAUGCGCCAUUUUUGUAGAUUACUUGCUUGAUUUUCGACGAUUAAAAGGUUAUCGCGCGAUAAAUUUCUCAGUCAAAGAAAACUUUAUCGCGAGCUCGAACUUUCUAAAACAAAGUAAACUAUAGUCGCGCGAUAACUUAGCGAAAAAAAAAACAUUGUAAUGUCCUCUAUGGGCCACCGUAGAUUCCUCAUUGCACAGCCGUAGUAGAAUGCGCACUGAAUCCAGGUAAAACGUGGCUCAUCAAAGAACUUUUGUUGAUUGAUAGUGAUGAACGACUGUUAGAUGUCAGAUGGUCGAUCAGACGCUGACCGUAGAUAAGCUAACACAUGAGUGACAAAGCAACUCCCUCAAACUGACUCGUCUAAAACUCACAAUUACAAGGUAAAACAGAAAAUGUUAAAAAAGCAGUCACAAUAAUAACUCCAUAUGAAAGAUGAAGAUGGUGAAAUCUUGACAUAUCAAUGACCCAUGAGUCUCAACACAAGCUAAAGUCUCGAUAUGUCCACGGCUAAGAGUCUAGGUCUAAGUUGACCAUAAAUAAAUUCCAGACGUUCUUUUCUCACAGCUCCCUACAACUUUUAGUGCAACCGCGCGUUUCUCAAAACUCUUGAAAACGUUAUUUUUAGGGCCCGAGAAGCAUUUUUCAAGUCGACUUAGUAGCAAACGGGACUCGCGUUCUGUCGAGGUUGGGACUGGAUUUUAAGGUUAAUUAGCGUAAUGUGUCGGGCAAGAAAGCGGCUAACACUUCAGGCUAAAUUUGGGUUAGAAUUUUGCUUUGACACUUUCUUGUUACAUGCAAUACCUGAAUGAUAAAUUCUCUCUGACAUCAAAUGUCAGAGUAGCUAUGUCAUAGCUAGGGAUUUAGACGUUUAUUCCGUCAAAAUAGCUCAAAAUAAAAUUGCCGCCUACUUUUUUCACAUAAAUGUACACUAAAUGUUAUAUCUAAGAGAAAAAUAUAAAGGGAAUUUUAGCAGAAAAAUAGUUUAAAGGACGUUUCUGUAUGAGGCAGAAGAAUUCCUGUCAAGUUUAAAAUAAUCGCUUGGUCAUCAGAAUAAACUUCGAGUUAAAUGAGUCACCAGUGCGAACAAUCCAAUAAAAGCGCAGUUUCUGAUUAUAAGCCCUUACUAAUAGUCUCUAGCCAACCCUACCCUACCUUAUACUACUCCCAACCCUACUAAGCACGCACCAUAUCUAGUUCAAUCAUACACUCCAUAAUAGGGGUAACGCCUUUGAAGGGUUUUUUUUAUCAAUUAUUUUUUAUCCCAGGCAAGAUCAGGCAGAAGGGCAUAAAUCUCAGCUCUCAAAAGUUUAGAACCCUUUUUAUAAUAUCGACAUUGACAUCGAGGACGAAAUCGUAAUGUAUAUACUUUGGCACAUCCAUUUACCAAGACGCAAAUCUUUUUAAACGCCUCCCUAUUAUUAGACUAAUAUAUAGAUUUAGCCAGGGCUAAAAGCGAAGCUCUCGAUAAUAUUUACAGUUUGUUCAAACAAAAUAUAAAAUCGUGUAAUGCUAAGCGGCGAAGGCAUGCAACGCCGGAGAACGGUGAAAAACAACAAUAGGUCUAGCACGUGCAGCACACUUUUUUUGCACAUUUCUUUGCCGUUGUUUUGCACGACUACAAGUGAAACUUCCAGAAACUUCUUAGGCCCCGUGUUGAGGCCUCAAAUGUAAUAAAUGACCCUAAAUGUAACAAAGGUCCUAAGUGUAAUAACUCUUGGCCCUAAAUGUAAUAAAGGUCCUAAGUGUAAUACCUUUUGGCCCUAAAUGUAACAAGGGUCCUAAAUGUAAUAACUUUUGACCCUAAAUGUAAUAAAGGUCCUAAGUGUAAUUUUUUCAGCUCUUUAUAUGCUUAGGGUCAUAAGAAGAUUUCACAGCGUUUGCUUUUAGCCUUAUUACAGGUUAACUGAGUACCAGAAUGUGUCUAGGGAAUAUCAAACAUUAAAUAACCCAGGCAGAACCCCUAUAUAGCCAUUUGACUAACAACUUAUUAUAAUUAUUGCUAUCAUUAUCACUGUUAUUUUUAUUGUCAUUAUUAACAGAAAAGAAUGUUUAAUCGAAGUGGAUUGUCAAUAGUCCUUUGACCGAAUGCUGAUUAAUUGUAAAUAGGUUUUAACAGUUAGCAUUGUUAUCAAUAAUACCUCUUUAACGAAAACUUGAAAACAGAGGUCCAUGAUAUGAAGCAAAUUUUUUAAGAACUCUUUAAUGUCAAAAAGGACUGACGUAUCUCAAAACUUAUGUAACAAAACAAAAGAGCCUCGUUUAUUAUAGCAAAUUUUCUCCAGAAACUGCAACUUCAUCCAUUGGAUUCAAGUACAAAAUCUGUUUCAUAGGCAAAGGCCAAAAAUGUCAAAAUUGCAGCCUGUAUUGUUACCAUGAAUUCUAAUCUGGGUCAAUAACACAACAUCAACUAAACUGUUUUUACUUUGUCUGUUAACAAAUAGGUGCAAGUAAGUGUACUUUAAUUGCUCCCUCGUCCUUCUUUCCACCAUACAUUGGUGACAUAAAACCAAGUUCCAACCUCAGCAAACAACAGCUCAACCCACGCAUUUAUCAAUCUGAGGCUGGCUAUUAUCUCUCUAAGAGCCAGCACAAAUCCACUGUAUGGAACAAAUUCUUUGUUUAACUUGCGCAAGCUGAAACAGCCAUUUCGCGCAGUGUCGCAAUGGUUGUAGCUUAUUCGUGGUAGCCGACAAAUAUAACGGAUUGGGAGUUCUUUAAAGGGUCACCAAGGUGGCAAAGGGAAUUAUAGGUGACAAUACUUAUGUCAGUUCCAGUUAACGCGAAGUCUAUUAUUUUGUCGAGUACUUCAUUUGGAACUUAACUGGUUGGACCACCAUUAUCAUCACAACCACCAUUAUAUAACUUACGGUGUUCACAGCAUUCCGUACGGACCGACCGACAUACUCUUUUGGAAUAUGAUAAAAAAAACAUUAUUGUUUUGGCGCAACAUUAAAAAACCCCAUAGGCAAAAGUGGUUAAUUUACUACGAUUGUUUCUAAUGAACAUUCAUUCUUCCUUCAAUUUCUAAAUUACUGCUGCCUUUUGAAAAUUUUUGCGUAGAUUCCAUUUGUUUAUAACUCGCGUUUCACGAUGUAGGGAUGUGUCGUAGGAAACAUGAUCGAGACGUAGUUAAUUUAUAAGUGUUUCUCCUACUUCUUGAGCACUCUAGCCGCUUUCUAAGUUAAUGAAUAUCCAUGGAUACUACAAUAGGGCGAAGAAAGUGAAUCGCCAGCUGGCUAUAUCGCAUUAGACCGUCGCAUGUUUCAGUCAGGGACUUUAUCACGUUUGGGGCUGUUAUACUACAUACAUGUAUCUGCUAAGACUUCCAUUAUAUUUAGGGCUAAAAUCUACU